UCAAAUGAACCGAUUGAAAAUGAUUCAGAAGUGAAAAACGUUUAUAAGAUGAAUGAAUCGAUUCUGUAUUUCGACUUUGAGCGGCGUUUUGAUGAAAAAGCGGCUUUUAAAUGGUUUGAAGAGAACUGGACAGCAUCGUUUGUGUUGUGCAUGGUCUAUGGUGUCUUUAUUUUCCUCGGCCGUCGCUUCAUGAGAGACAGACAGAAGCUGGACCUGCGCGGACCGCUCAUGCUCUGGUCUCUCAGUCUGGCUGUAUUCAGUUUUAUGGGAACAGUGCGUACCGGAUCCUACAUGCUGAACUCUCUGACGACCGCUGGAUUCACACAAACAGUGUGUGAUUUAAACUUCUUCAGCUCCCCUGUCAGCAAGUUCUGGGCGUUUAUCUUCGUCCUGAGCAAAGUACCAGAGCUUGGUGACACCGUGUUCAUAGUUCUGCGUAAGCAGCGUCUGAUCUUUCUGCACUGGUAUCAUCACAUGACCGUGCUGCUCUACGCCUUUUACACCUAUAAGGAGCGUCCGGCGGGAGGCGGCUGGUUCGUGGUCAUGAACUUUGCCGUGCACUCGUUCAUGUACAGCUAUUACGCGAUAAAAGCGGCCGGCAUGAACCCUCCUCGACCCUGUGCCAUGCUCGUCACCUCCAUGCAGACCCUGCAGAUGGCACUGGGCCUGACGGUGAUAGCGCUCGUCUAUCUCUGGCGGACCGAUACUGUCUGUCGGUGCAGCAGCGGCGUCAUCGUGUGGGGAACCGUUAUGUAUUUUAGCUACCUGGUGCUCUUCUCCUCCUUCUUCUACCAGUCCUACCUCAGACGUGGAAAGACGGAAAUGAAUGGAGAGAGAAAAGUGAAAUAGUGUAACGUGAACAUGGUGGAGUGUAAAUCUGUAACAUGAGCGAUCAGACUGUCUUAUCUUUUUACUUUUUUAUUCCUUUUUUUAUUCCUUCCAAUUUAGUCAUAUCCAGUUGCCCCAGUUGUAAUUUUCUCAAGUGUUGCGGUCACCAGACGCUUCUUUAUCCCACCUACGAGAGAGAAGGUCUCACAGAGGACAGUACUGUGUCCAGAGAGUCACGCACUACUAUCCGUGAAUCAGCCAUCCCUCAUACGGGCACUUUGACCAGCCAGUUGAGGUUCCGAAUGCAGCAGCCUUGAGUAUCCAUUUAAUCUUAUUCUUAUUAGACACAACCAGCUGUGUCUGUAAGGGCGCCACACUGAGUGAUAGCACAGCUGACCGGCCAAUCUCAAUUGCCCCACUUCCAGGUUGCCACUGUUGGGUACUUGAGCGAGGCCGUUAACCCUUAAUUGCUCAAGAUUGUAGCAGUUGUAGCCUAGCAGUUAAGGUACCGCACUAGUAAUCGAAAGGUUGCUGGUUUAAGCACCACCACUUAAAGUUUGCCACUGUUGGGCCCUUGAGCAAGGCCCUUAACCUUGUAUUGCUUAGACAAUAUAUUAUCACAGUACUGUAUGUCGCUUUGGAUAAAAGCGUCCGUUAAACGUGUCUUAUAUGUAGUUGUAGCCUAUUGGUUAAGGUACCAGACUAGUAAUCGAAAGGUUGCUGGUUCAAGCAUCGCCACUGCCAGGUUGCCCCUGUUAGGUUCUUGAGCAAGGCCCUUAACCCUCAGUUGCUUUAGAUGAAGCAUCUGCUAGAUGCUAAAAAUGUCAACGUAGCACAUUAGACCACUCCACCAGCUAUUGAUAAUUCUCUUCUCCUAUUAAUAAUGCACGUCUAGUUAAAACCAUGUUUACAGAAUGGUGCCCACUUUAGAGGCCACACUGGACACGCUGGCCCUGCAGUCCUUUCAUGGGAGUGCUGCUCUUCAGGGUUACAUUAAAAUUUGUUGGGGUUUUUUGUUGUUUUUUGUUUGGUAAAUUAAAAACACUCACUGAAGACUCUUGUAUGACUCCUAUUGAAUACUUACAUGUGUUGUCCUGUGUUAAAAUUAAAAUAACCACAAGAAUA